GCUUUGAAAGGGUUUUCCAGAAAUGAUGAAGAUGUCAUGAUUCUUUAUCGGCUCUCUUGUCUGGAUCUGAUUUGUGAGAUAUUUUGUGGAGUUGUUGUGACUUUGUAUCCUGAGAUUUUCCUCUUUGGGAAGUUAAUGGUCCUUUCCACGGCCAUUGUGGUUGCUUAGCAACAGGGGACAGCAGGGCAGUAGCUGAGAUUCUAAACUCUAAGGAAUGAGGAUAGUUGUGGUCUGUCCCAUGGACAGGGGACCCCAGUGGGCCCUGCUUGAGAUGGGAAUAUGUUGUUGCAAGGUAUCUGUGGCCCCAAUGUCUGAAACCCCAGAGAAGAGCAGCAUUACGUCUGGAAGUCCAGGGUCAGAUAUACAACAAGGAAACAAAAUAUCGAAGGAAUCCCUGGAAACUGGACAUAUGGCGUUUACUUUGGCACAACUCGAAGCCUUGAAAAUUUGCCUGAAGGAAGCAGAAGAAAAGGCUAAAUCCUUAUCCGAGCAGCUUGCAGCUUCUGAAGGAUCAAAAUCAAAACUGCUUGAGCAAGUUUCCUGGCUGGAGGAAAAAUUAGAGGCUGUGGACCAUAAGGAAACCAGUGGGAAACCAUAUGAAGAAAUUGUUCUUGCCAAAGACCAGUGCAUUGAGAAAUUACAAGCUGAAGUGAAAGCUUCCCAGGAGCAACUUAUAGCCAAUGAACUAAAGCACAAAAAGAAAAUGAAAAAGCUACAAACUGAUUUGGCCACAGCUAUACAGGAGGCUGCCAUCAGAGUCCUGGAACUCAAUGAGAAGAUAAAGACUCUAUGUGAAGGAAAGCCAGCCCCUAGAGAAGACAACUUCCUGGAAGAGUCCUGUGGUGGUCUCCCGCCUGUGGAAGAAGGUGAUAGAAAAAUUAGCCUGAUUAUGGAGUUGUCAAUCCAGAUUUCCCUUCAGACUGAGAAGAUCACUCAGCUGGAAGAAGUUUUAGAGGAAAAAGAACGGAAGAUUCAGCAGCUGGAAGCUGAGCGGGAGAACCCCUCUUUCCAAGAGGUCCCUCCAGAGUGUUUAUAAGAAGCCCAAACUUUAUUUAAUAAUAGCAUCACUUCUGUA